AUGAUGUUCGGUAUUCAGCAGUUCCCGGACUCAACCCGGAAGAGGGUUCGCGAGGAGGAAGAUGACAUGAUGAACGGCACUUUGAGCUUUGGCGAGCACAGAAAUAAACGCCUACAAUGCCUACCCCUCCGGACCUCGCCCAGCUCGAAGCGCUGGUCUGCGCCCAUCAUGCCCCUCAAUGCCGUUCCUUGCACGCUCACACCCGGCGAUUCCGACUCGGAGGAGCAACCCAAGUCUCGCUUCUCGCCCUGGUCGUCGUCACCGGCAACCAUGUCGUGUCAGCCGUCGCCCUUCCAGCAGAUCGAGCCCGAUCGCGAUAUGGACAUGAUGGACACAAUGUCCCCGCCGCCAGUUCCGCACCAGAACGUCCACCCGGAUCCGAGCUCCUCCGCUCAAGGUCGCAUGCCGACCCCCAUCCAACCAAACUUCGCAGCUCAAGUCCGGGGUGGUGUCUGGGGCGGGCCAGGACCCGCAGUGAGCCAUCUCAACGGCGUUGUCAAUAUGGGCCACAUGCAUGCCGGCUUCAGCGCCGACGAGUCCCGCUGCAUUCCCCGCUCUAUGGAGGGUGCUGAUGACUGGCACGCCGUCCAGAACCGCCGUCUACCAUCCCCCAUAAGUGAGGGCGAGGAUUCCAUGAGCCAUGCCGGCAGCGGGAGCCUUAGUCCUCCAGGAAUGGUUCUUGACAGCGGCUUCUCUUCCAAUCUCGCCUUGCGUUUGGAACAGUCGUCUCUGGAAGGAAACCAUCAUGACAUGGACAUGAUGGGCGUCGAUGACGAUUCUUUUGGUCAUUCAAUGCCGGGUGAGGAGCCCGUCACUACGACUAUCGACAGCCACCCGACUGAGACAACGUCUGCACCCGCGACACCGUCUCCGGGACGCAAGGGGCAUAUUAGGUCCAGACACACCGUUAACCACUGGACCUGGCAGCCGGGCAUGAAGAAAAGCUUCAGCAUCGGCUACCGGGCCGAUUGCGAAAAGUGCCGUCUCAAAGUCCCGGGCCAUUUCAACCACAUUAUCGUCUCAUAG